AUGGCUAGUCCAGAUCAGAUUGCAGCUCAAAUUCUGAGCUCCAAAUCUCUCUCGGUUUCCCCGGUCUGGCUCAAUGCAUUCCUGUCCUCCGCCUCGGCACAGCGCAAUGUCCCUCCCUCCGCGCUGGCAAAGACGGCGAUAUUCCGCCUUCUAGCUUCCAACAUCACAGAAUCGCUCUCCAAACAUAGAUCCUGCAUCCUGCCAGUGGACGCGUAUGACCCCAUGGUCCAAGAACGACGCUUACAAGGCGCAAUCCCAGUCCAAGUUCUAGAUAUCGAAGACAUCGGAACAAGUCUAUGGAGCCAAAUUGAAGCAAUUGAACGCGUCGAACGCGGCGAGGCCAUUCGAGGACGCGAGAUUGUUCGCACAAUUGCUGUUGACGAAGACCCAGAAGCUACCGAAACCAAUGGCGCGAACAGUGGCCCUGUGGCUGCGGCGAAUGCUUCUGGGAAUAGUGGGAGUGGACCACAUCGUUUGAUUCUUCAAGACGCGGAAGGCACUGUUGUUGCUGGAGUCGAAAUGCAGCGUGUGGAUGGUAUUUCUGUGGAAAAACUCGCUAUCGGCGCAAAGCUAUUACUCCGCGAUCCCACUGUUGCAAGGGGGAUGGUGCUUCUUAACCCUGGUAGUGUGACUGUGCUUGGGGGUAAAAUCGAAGCUAUGGAUACACCAUGGCGGCAAGGUAGGAAGGCUCGACUUCUGGAAAAGACUGCCGGUCUAGAAGGAGAAUAA